AUGGGUCAGAGGAGAGCCGCACCCACCACUACUCAGAGGGCCCGUAUGGGCCGAGAGCCGCACCUCCACCACUACUCUCCCAGGAGGGCCCAUAGCAUGGGUCAGACCAAGUCGCCUACGGACAUCAGUGGGCUGAGUACAGAACAUGGGUAUUGCCCUCUACUCCUUCAUCACAUAUCGCGUGAGGACCUCCGCGGGGGCUGGCUGCACAAGGAUGCUAAGAUUGCCCACUCCGACAGAGUCCAGUGUGGUGUGACCGGGGAGCAGCUGUGGCUCAAGGUGAAUGAGCCCACAGAGAAAGAUAAGGGCAAAUACGUAAUGAAUAUCUGUGACGGCAAGGACGGGGUUAAGAGGUUCUGUGACCUGUCUGGACAAGCCUGGGAGGAAGCCUUCGUAGAGUUCCAGAGGCUGAAGGCUGCUGCCAUUGCAGAGAGAAACCGUGCCCGUGUGGUGGGAGGUCUGCCAGAUGUGGUGACCAUCCAGGAGGGCAAGUCUCUGAACCUGACAGGCAAUGUGUGGGGUGACCCCGCACCCGAGGUCACCUGGAUGAAGAACGACAGAGAGCUGGUGUCUGACGAACGUUACGCCCUCAAGUUUGAACACGGCAAGUUUGCCAGCAUCACCAUCGCCUCAGUAACCACGACCGACUCAGGGAAGUACGCACUCCUGGUGAAGAACAAGUAUGGAACCGAGGCAGGAGAGUUCACUGUGUCUGUCUACUUCCCAGAGGAUGAGAAGAAAACAGAGUAGAGGAGGAUGGAGUUGGGAUGGAGUUGGGAUGGAGUUGGGAUGGGGGGAUAGAUGGAGGAGUAGUUAUAACAGGCUGAAGGAUGACAGGGCGACCUCCAAAGCUCUUUACCCCAGUGCAUGAUGGUAAACAGAGAACAGGCUGGAAGCAUUCAGGAGAUGACAAAGAUUUGUUGCUGAGAGGUCUUGGUACAUAUCCUUCUGCUGUCAUGUUGAAACCAGAAGCCCCCAGGGCAUCAUGUCUAUACUGAUGUGUUGAAUCUAAAUGAUGAACCUGGGAAGAAUGAAGGAUUGCUCUCCAUCUGUCUCUGUCAGGCACUGGGAUGAACAGCUGGGAGGAUAAUAUAGUUGAGUAGAAAGCAUAGUGUUAUACUCUGCUGUUGAUGUUGCUUGGUUUGUGGUCUUUGUAGAUGUAAGGAUGUUUUGGUCCAACCAGGAGAUGGUUGACUAGUCUGUCUGCUGCUUUCAGAUAAACACGCUGUUACUCACUUCCCAUGUUAGUAGACCAUUACUUUGGGUUAAACUUUAGAAAUACAUUGGGCUAAACUUUGAACUCUGACUGUAACUUGCCAAUAUGUAGAAGUGUUAGACAACCACAACAUAUAUUACAGCAGAGGUCAGAGGUUAGAGAUCAGAGGAGACUGGAGGGUUGAGGAAGCAGAGGCAUUAAAGGCCCAGCAGGCAGUCUGUGUGUACAUCCCAAAUUGCACCCUAUUCCCCAUUGGCCCUGGUCAAAAGUAGUGCACUGUGUAGGGAAUAGUGAGCCAUUUGGGAUGGUGUUUCUGUAUAGCCCUGUAUCUCUAGUGUGUUCAUGUGAAACUAGUUCUGUCUGUCUGACAGCCUCAGGCCUGGAUACAUAACACAUUGACACAAUGGUGUGCGCUCGCACACACACACACACACACACACACACACACAUACACACACACACACACACACACACAUACACACACACAUACACACACACACACACCCACAAACACGUAACUCAACAUAAACUAUAUACUUCUAGAGGCAUUUACUACCAGUUUGUCUAUAGAAUUUCUGUAGGUUGACAUGACACGGAAGGAAGGAAGGAAGGAAGGAAGGAAGGAAGGAAGGAAGGAAGGAAGGAAGGAAGGAAGGAAGGAAGGAAGGAAGGUGGAGUUAGGCUACAGAUGGUGACAGAACACAUAACAAUGUCAAAGUUCGCUGUGAGAGCUACUUUAUGAAAUGUGUUUUGUGUUCAUUGAAAGUAAUAACCUACUGUCCUCCUCAUGACUCGUGUCCCUGUGUUAAUAAAGGUGCUUUACUCA